GAUCCGGUACUGCCUUGAAGGCGGGGCCGGGUCUCAGCCGCGGCCAAUGGCGCCCCGGGUGAGGGUUGAGGGUUGGAAGGUUUCUGCUAGCCGGUUCAGGUUUCCUCUAGCGCGUGGCUUCGGACUAUACCUGGUCGUCAUGGAGGCAGUCUUGGUGGAGGAGCUUGAUGAGGAGCAGCAGCUGGUGAGAAGGCAUCGCAAGGAGAAGAAGGAGUUGCAAGCCAAAAUUCAGGGUAUGAAGAAUGCUGUUCCCAAAAAUGACAAAAAGAGGAGGAAGCAACUCACUGAAGAUAUUUCGAAGUUGGAAGCAGAAAUGGAACAAAAACAUAGAGAGGAACUGGAGCAAUUGAAGCUGACUUCUAAAGAGAGUAAAAUAGAUUCUGUUGCUGAUAACAUUUCAAACUUGGUUCUUGAGAAUCAGCCACCUCGGAUAUCAAAAGCACGAAAGAGAAGGGACAAAAAAGCUGCAUUGGAGAAGGAACGGGAAGAAAGGAUAGCUGAAGCUGAAAUUGAAAACUUAACUGGAGCUCGACAUGUAGAGAGUGAAAAACUUGCUCAAAUAUUGGCAGCCAGACAGUUGGAGAUUAAACAGAUUCCAUCGGAUGGUCACUGUAUGUAUAGAGCCAUUGAAGAUCAGCUGAAAGGACAGGAAUGCCCUCUAACUGUGGCUGCCUUACGAAGUCAGACUGCUGGAUAUAUGCAAAGCCAUGUGGAAGACUUCCUGCCAUUUUUAACAAACCCUAAUACAGGAGAUAUGUAUACUCCAGAAGAGUUUGGAAAGUACUGUGAUGAUAUUGUAAACACAACUGCAUGGGGAGGUCAACUUGAGCUGAGAGCGCUGUCUCACAUUUUGCAAACACCAAUAGAGAUAAUUCAGGCAGAUUCACCUCCUAUUGUAGUUGGCGAAGAAUACCCAAAAAACCCAUUAAUACUUGUAUAUAUGAGACAUGCAUAUGGCUUAGGAGAACACUACAAUUCUGUUACACAGUUGGUGAACACAGCUACUGAAAAUUGCAGCUAGUUUACAAAAUGUUGCACAAUUAUGUUUUAGUGCAGUGUGCUGAUCUGAGUAUUCAUACCAAGUGCUGAAUUGUUUUAAACAUUACUGAAAAACACAACUACCUUAAAUUAGUGUUAUGGCAAAGCUACUUACAGGUUUUUGAAAAAUGUGUCAGAGAGAAACUUUAACCAGCGUCCCCUUAGUAGUAGUUUAAAAACUCGUAAGCCCAUUGUGUCGAACAACAUCGUUUAUAGAACAAGGUGGUACCCUGUUUGCUGAUAUUCUUAUUAGUAUAGGAUCCUGUACAUUCUGUUUUCCAUUGAAGUAAGUUUUAAAUGGUUUUUUCCUCCCAUUACUAAAAGCUUUCAGUAACCAUUUCAGUGUACUUUUUCUUGAAGAAAUGAAAUGACUCAGUCUCUUUGUCAUUACAGUAAUGUGGUGAUGGUGAUAGCAGAUUUAAUUAAUGCUUAUAAAUGAACUUGAUUACAGUAACCUUGGUAUUGAUGGGAUUAAUCCCAUGAAGCUUAUUAUAUAACCCUAUCAAAGUACAGCUGAGAAGCUUGCUUUAAUAAUUAAGAAUUUUUAAAUACUUAUUCAGAUGGGAAUCUGUUGCUAAGUUUUAAGAAAUGAGACAAAUUCAAAGGUAAAUUGGUGUUCCCUGUCAGAUUUAAACCUCUAAAGAAUUAAAGAUUAACCUUUUAGUUGUGUAUAACUUAAAACGACCCAACAUUACUGUCUUUCUAAUUCGUUUGUUAUUUCUUGCUGUUUCUUAAAAUUCACAGUGGAAUUAAGACCAUCAUUUCUGGGUUAUCUUCAUAAC